AUGACGCUUGGAAUUGUCCUCCUUGGUCUCAUUGCCGCCCUCAAUGCGGAUUGUAUCUCGGCCACCUUGACCUGGACAGCUCAAGAUGGAUACCAAAAAGAAAUCUGGCUCGAAGUUCCUAACCAUUACAACGGCCACGUCGGGAAGCACCGCUAUACUUACCUCGGAAUCGACUCGGAUGACAAGGCGUUCCGUGUGUUCCACUUUGACGGCCCUCAGGAUGAGAGAAUGCUUUUUGUGUAUAAGGGCAAGUCUUACUCUCGUGAGACGAAGGAUGAUGGCUCGGCGAGCGGAGACAAGUUUACCUACAACUACUAUUACUGCCUCGACGGCCCCAACCACGAUGUGGACGGGGAGUACACCAACCAAUUCAAGCUCUACGUCGACGGACUUGAUACUGGCGACUUGAAGGCUGAUUCAAUCAGGCUUGAGUCCAGCUGUCAUGAGCACAGAGACUGGUGUAUUACUCACGAUGACCCUGACAAGGAAGAUUCGGUCCUUUAUUUGUGGUAUAAGGGUUACAUUUACGGCGAUACACUCAGAUCGCAACGUUGUGACAGCCAAGGAUGGGCUUGGUGUAUGCUGUACACCAACUUCACCAACCCUCGUUAG